GUAGAGUCUCAAAGAUGUGUUUUUUGUUUGCAGAGGCAAUUAACAAGACUGAUGAGGAGUCCGACAUCCUCCACAGGCAGCUUCUUGAUAGAGAGAUUGAUCUCACAGCGUUUGUGCAGAAAUACAAAAAGGUGCGUAACGCUUACCACAGGCGUGCACUCACACAUCUUGCAGCGAAGACGUCUUUGAACAACUAA